AUGGAAAAUGGUAGUGCCGCGGUGACUGGCGCGGGCGAUGUAGCUUCACCACCACCCCCACGCUCCCACUCGACCCCUCCUCCACCUCCAGAUCCCAGCAAAGAUGCACCACUCCUCACGUCAAACGGCAAGGACGAGCCCGCCAACGACGAACCCCUCCGUCUGGAAAGCGAGAACUGGGACAUCACCUCCAUCUCCGCCCUCGCGGCGGUGCGAAUGCUCAUUCAAGCCCUCGAACCGCUCGCCGAAGCAACAGGCAACAUCCCCCCAACACCCCCCGUUUCCCGCCCCGUAACCCCCCGCAAAGAACCCUCCGAUCCCCUCCUCCGCCGCCUCUCCUCGCCCGACGCAAGCGGCGCGCCCCCAAUCACAAUCGGCUCCCCCGAAGCACCCCCCUACGAAGCCAUUCCCAUCCUCAGCCCCAACGCCCCCGACGCCACCGUCCAACACGCCGCCGUCGCCCGCCGCUUCUUCUCCAAAGUCGCCCCCGCCUUCUCCCUGACCGAAUACCUGCUCCGCAUCCACAAGUACUGCCCGCACUCGCCCGGCGUGUACCUCGCCGCCGCAGCCUACUGCCACCGCCUGUGCGUGUCGGAUCUCAUGGUCCCCGCCACAAGCCGCACGGUGCACCGCCUUGCGCUCGCCGCGAUCCGCGUCUCCGCCAAAGCCCUCGAAGACAACAAGUGGGCACAAGACCGCAUGGCCAAGGUGGGCGGCGUGAGCAAGCCGCAGUUGAUGAAUCUCGAGGUCGCGCUGUGCUUCUUGCUCGACUUUGACCUGGGCGUCGACGCGGGCAUGCUGGCGCGGAGGAUGUUCUUGCUGCAGCAGGCUGGGCGGCAGGGGAUGGGCGCGAGGAGCAAGCUGAACGAUUCGUUUAAGCUGAAGUUGCCGUUGAGGCGGAAGUUGGCCAUGGCGCAGGCUGCGGGGUGA